AUGACUCGAUGUUCACAUCAGAAGACGACCCUAGUGAAGCAAGCCUAUGAAGAUCCACUGGUGAAGAAGCUCUUUGCCACACGUGCGUGGGUCACUCUCUCUCCAUCUUCAGAGACUGAAGGAGUCCUCAGGGACAUGCUUCAACAAAUCACAGGUGGGAGAAGGAAACCUGUGCCUGAAGGGAUACCUGCGCUCGAUGGGCUGGAUGUCUCAAACCGUGACUUGCUCAAGACGUUGAUCAAGAACAUGCUCCAGGAAAGUGGCACGAGGUACCUGAUCGUCCUUGAUGAUGUGUGGCAAUUGGACAGAUGGGACGACGUGAAAUACGUGCUGCCAAAUGAUGAGCAGGAUAGCCGCAUAAUUCUCACCACGCGCAAGACAGAUUUAGCAUUGAAUGCCUGCACAGAAUUCACUGGAGAGGUCCACAACAUGGAGCCUUUGAGCGAUGAACAAUCGUGGGAGCUCUUCUGCAUGAGGACGUUUAGGGAUAACUCUUGUCCUCUCUAUCUGGAGAAGAUUUGUAGGAGCAUCUUACGGAAUUGCGAGGGACUGCCCCUUGCUAUUGUGGCGGUCAGUGGCAUUCUGGCUACAAAGGACCAAGGCAGGAUAGAUGAAUGGGCCAAGGUAUGCCGUAGCCUUCAUGGUAAUGUUGGAUUGAACAAGUUGAAGAAGGUACUUUCUCUAAGUUUCAACGAUUUGCCUCACUACCUCAAAUCUUGUUUCUUGCACUUGAGUGUUUUUCCUGAGGAUCAUAAGAUUGAACGUAUGCGGUUGAUUCGAUUAUGGAUGGCGGAAGGUUUUGUUGAGCCAAAGGAAGGUGAGACACCAGAAGAAGUUGCUGAGGAUUACCUCAACGAUCUUCUGAACCGAAGCCUUCUGCAAGUGGCAGAGACAACAACUGACGGAAGGGUACAGAUGUGUCGUAUCCAUCACCAUCUACAGAAAAUCUGUAUUGCCAAGUCCAAAGAGCGGAACUACACUAUCGUACGUGACAAGCAAUGUCCAGAGCGGCUUGAUGGAACUCGUUACCUUUCCAUUCACAAGAUGCUUGAGAUUUCACGGCAAAAUAUGAACCAUUCUGAACUCCGAUCUCUUUUUAUUUUCAAGCUUGACGAGUCAUCCAUCAAUAUGGUGCUCAGUUGUGACUUCAAACUAGUGCGGGUUUUAGACUUCCAAGGUGCUCCUCUAAAGAGGUACUUGAACCUUAGAAAUACAGAGGUGAAAACAAUCCCGAGAUCAAUAGGAUGGCUUCAACACCUAGAGACUCUAGACCUAAAGCAUUCCAAAGUCACCGAAUUGCCUGUUGAGAUUAUCAAACUCCAAAAACUUCGCCAUCUGUUGGUAUACCGUUAUGAACAAGAUUCCUACUAUCACACUAAGCACGGCUUCAAGACUCUUGCAGAAAUUGGAACUCUGCAAAAUUUACAGAAGCUCUGCUAUAUAGUGGUAGAUGAUGAUGGAAGCAGCACAAUGAUUACAGAGCUCGGGAAAUUGCACCAACUGAAGAGGUUAUGCAUUUUGAAGUUGAAGAAAGAAGACGGAAAGAAUCUGUGCUCAUCAAUAGCUGAAUUGACCAACCUCCUUUCUCUUUCUGUCUCAUCAUUUACAGACGAUGAAGAAAUCGAUUUGGGUCACCUCUCUUCACCUCCGCCGCUACUCCAAAGGAUCUACUUGAGAGGACGUCUGCACACAUUGCCACACUGGAUUGCCAACCUCCAAAGCCUCGUCAUAUUGCACUUGAGAUGGUGUCAGCUAAGGGAUGACCCACUGAUACCACUCACAAGUUUGCCCAAUCUUGUGCAUCUUGAGUUGCUCCAAGCUCACAACUGGGAAACACUGACCUUAACUAAAGAAGGCUUCAAAAAGCUUAAGAUAUUAGCUCUGGAUCACUUCGAGAACCUCACAUUUAUCGGGUUCGAGAAUGGAGCAAUGCCUUGCCUCGAGAAGCUGAUGAUCUCGAGAUGCGAGCUAUUGAAAAACGUGCCUUCAGGAAUUGAGUACCUAACGAAACUCAAACUGCUUGAGUUCUUUGUCAUGCCCGACACAUUGAUCAAGAAACUCAAGCUCGGUCAACAAGAUGAAGACUACAAGAGAGUAUCGCAUAUUCCCGAACUACGUUAUGGCUAUUGGACAGAUGGGGGCUGGGAUGUAAAGUGGAUAGAGAGAACAGGUGAGGAGAAGAGCUCUCAUCCUCGGAGAACUGAUGCGACAUCAGCAAGGUCUUCCCUUGUUGGAAGUAAUGUGUUGCCGUUUGGAGGCUUAACGGUUGUUAUAUUAUUGUAA